UACGUUUACUACUGCAGUGUGGUGGAUGUGAGUUCUUGGAUAUGAAGUUUCUUACUAAGCAUUACUACCUAGUAGUUUAGAUGUGCCUUAGGGGGCUAUUAAGUACCUAGGUACCUACAUACCCCUGAGUCAUUGGUCUAGCUGCUCGAAGCUUGGCUUCUCUCCGCUCCGUCUUAUACCCACUACGACCCCCGACUUCGGGGAUACGGAUCAAACUCAACCAACUUUACUCCAACCCCCAUUCCCCCCUUUAACAAAAACCAAAACCAAAACCAAGAUGGCCGACCUCGACCUCCGCCUCCCCGAGCCCUUCGCCAGCAUCCCUAGGGAAUCCUUCCUCUUCGGGCCGUCUCCCAUCCAGCAUCUGCCGCGUAUAUCCGCCGCCCUGGGCGGGAAGGUCCAAGUUUACGCCAAGCGCGAGGACUGCAACUCGGGCCUUGCCUUCGGAGGCAACAAGGUGCGGAAGCUUGAAUACCUCGCAGCCGAAGCCCUCUCCAAAGGCUCCGACACCCUCGUCUCCAUCGGCGGCGUGCAAUCGAACCACACGCGCGCCGUCGCCGCCGUCGCCGCCGCCCUCGGCCUCAAGAGCGCCCUGGUGCAGGAGCGAUGGGUCGACGUCUCCUCCCCAUCCCCCUCUGAACCCACCACCACCACCAUCGCCGCCGCCAACGCAGAAGCCCACUACGCCGCCGUAGGCAACAUCCAGCUGUCCCGCCUCAUGGGCGCCGACUCGCGCCUCGAGCCGGCCACCACCUUCGGCAUCGAGCACAAGCCCACGCUCGCCUCCCUCGAGUCCGAGCUCGUCGCGCAAGGGCGCAAGCCCUACUACAUACCCGCCGGCGCCUCCGACCACCCCCUCGGCGGUCUCGGGUUCGCGCGUUGGGCCCUCGAGGUCGAGGCGCAGGAGCGCGCGUCCGGCAUCUUCUACGACACGGUGGUCGUGUGCGCGGUGACGGGGUCGACGUUCGCGGGCAUCGUCGCGGGGUUCAAGCUCGCGCAGAAGAAGCUGGGGUCGAGGCCGAGGCGGGUGAUCGGCAUCGACGCGUCGGCGACGGUGAAGCAGACGUUCGACCAGGUGCUGAGGAUCGCCAAGGUGACGGCGGCCAAGAUUGGGCUGGAGGAGGGGGAUAUCACGGCUGAGGAUAUCGAGCUCGAUGAUAGGUACCAUGCUGGUGUGUACGGGAAGGCGGACGAGAAGACGUUGGAGGCGAUUCGGUUUGGUGCUAGCACGGAGGCGUUUAUUACGGAUCCUGUGUAUGAGGGUAAGAGUUUGGCGGGGAUGAUGGAUUUGAUUCGCAAGGGCGAGAUCAAGGAAGGGAGCAAUGUGCUGUAUGCGCACUUGGGAGGACAGCUGGCGCUCAAUGCGUAUCCCUCAAUUGGUGCCAUUCAGUAGGGUUAAAGAGUUCAUAAAGCCAUGAUAACCCGUGAAAAUCUUCAU